AUGGCAGAGAACCUUCGAGAUAGUGCACUAGGCAUGGUGUUCCGAAUGUCUCGAGUGUUCGGAGUGGCUCCUGUUACCUUCUCCCGAACCAACGUGCAUCUGUCACGACGGCUGAUGAUGUGCAGCAGUCUGUUUUUCACGAUCAUAAUAAAAGUGUUAAUAUUGUACACGGGAUUCUACUAUGAGUCUUUCUGUUUCACGUUAUUUGAGUACCAGUUCAUAGCCGUAGCGACAGAAGUUCGGAGUGUGCUGAAGAUGAUCACUAACGGACUGGAGGAAUUGCUGAAGACUGACAGUGGAACUCAAAAAUAUUCAGAAAAGCGCGAAAUAAUAAUACACGACUUGGCAAAAGCUUACGGAGACACUUGCGACCUCAUACGAGAUGUCAACGAUGGUUUCGGGUUGCAGCUCCUGUUGAUACUGAUGAGCUAUUUCUUAGAGCUGAUCGUCACACCAUAUUAUUUAAUGACGUCUUUGACAAAUCGUGAUCGUGACGCGUCGCACAUCGUCCUGCAGGUAUUCUGGGCUCUGUACCACCUGACCGACAUGUACUACAUUAUCGAGCCUGCCUAUUUAACGCAACUGGAGAUAGAGAAAAUAGAGUACCUGAUCAGUCGCCACGUGCGUCAAGUGAAGCCGCACGAGGCGCUGUACGUUGAGCUGAAGAUGUUCCGGCGGCAGCUCGCCUUCACCAGGCCGACUUACUCGCCCAUGGGCGUCUGCACUCUGUCCAGACAGUUCUGCCUUUCUAUGUUGGGUUGUGUUACCACGUACCUCGUUAUUAUCCUACAGUUUCGAGCUAACGAAGGCUAG